UUCAAUUUUAAAAAUCCAUACAAAGAAAACGAAAAAUUGGAAAAAAAAAAAACAGGAAGCUAACUCAUUUUUCCUCUCUCUAUCCCCAUCCUCUCCCCUUAGACUUUAUCCAAUAAUUUCGAGAUUAGUUGAUUGAUGGGUGCUAUGGCCACGAAUAAUUCAACGACGGCGUACGCCGCUUGGGAGGAGGUGUUGGUGUCGACGGAGAAGGGGCGGCGGGAGGUUCACUAUUACCUCAAACGAUGCGGCGGCGGCAGAGAUCUGGUUGUUGUGGGGAAGGAGAAGAGCGCUAGGCAUAUGUCGUAUCAUUACACGAUUAGAGAUAACAAAUUGACGCCCUCCAUUUUGAACGGCGCUUCGAGGCUGAAGUUGAGGUCGAGACGGGAGGUCGUAGACUGGCUGGACUCAAUAAUUUCAGGCGAGCAGCAUAAUAGUUCUAGACAAUUUGGAGGUGGGAUGGAUAGGAAUUUAGAUGAUGACGUUAUCGAGGAUGUUAUGAAGCAGAAGUUAGGUCAGUGUAAGGUUGAAUCUACAUGGUUAGGUUCUUCUUGGACGUGCCGGAAAAGGCGGGCGCAUUAUCAGUCAUUCUGUCGCAAUGGAGCUGUGAUAUCUGCUCAAGAGUUUGUGUAUGUAUUGGCUGAACAAGGCAAAAGACUUGUUGCUUACUUAGAUGAUAUGUAUGAAGAUAUCAGAGGCAACAAGAUGGUUGUGGUACGAUGGUUUCACAAAAUUGAUGAGGUUGGUUUUGUUUUGCCUCAUGAUUAUAAUGACAGAGAGAUUUUCUUUUCUCUGUGUCUUCAAGAUCUCAGCAUAGAAUGCAUUGAUGGACUAGCAACUGUUCUCAGUCCAGAGCAUUAUGAGAAAUACAUAAGCGAAGCAACAAACACAGUGUUGAUGCCUUUUGUGUGCUGUAAACUCUUUGAUAAUGAUGACGUCAAGCCUUUUGACAUAACACGAGUUAAAGGUUAUUGGAAGCAGGAAAUAUUCAGGAAGUCAAACAGAAUUGGUGAGGCUGUUGGAUUAAGACCCAACAAGAGAAUUCGCUGGUCUAAAGAGAGUGAUAUGUAUUCGAAGUCCCCUGAUAAUGGAGAGUCUGUUGUGACCAGUUUACGAGAUUUCAGUGGCUCUUAUCUUGAAUGUAAAGUAGGUGUUAGAAAAGGUAGUAAGAAGGAACAUGGCUCAUAUGUAUCUUUGUCUGGUCGGGAUAAUGCUGCUCGACGCAAGUCUGAGCAAUAUUUGUCUGUUGGCUCCCAAGUUGAGGUGCUUUCUCAAGAUAGUGGCAUCAGGGGCUGCUGGUUCAGGGCUUUGAUCAUUAAGAAACACAAAGAUAAGGUCAAAAUACAGUACAAGGAUGUCAAGGAUGCUGUUGAUGAUUCAAAAAAUCUAGAGGAGUGGAUCUUGGCCUCUCGACUAGCCAGACCAGAUGCCUUUGGGGUUCGUUUGCCUGGAAGGACCACUGUAAGACCGAACCUGCCUUCUGAAAAGGAAAACAUAGCUUGUGUGGUAACUGUCGGCACUGUUGUUGAUGCUUGGUGGCAUGAUGGUUGGUGGGAAGGGAUUGUAGUGAAGAAUGAAUUUGAAGAUAGGAUUACUGUUUAUUUUCCAGAUGAAAAGCAAGAGUGUACAUUCAGUGCUGGUGAUUUGAGGCAUUCGAAGGAAUGGUUGAACAACGGGUGGCAAAAUAUCAAGCAAAGGCCAGACAUUGUCUUGGCAGUCUAUGGCAGUGACAAAAUAUCUUGUAUCAAAAAAGAUGAUUUGCCUUCAUGCGACAGCACAGCUCUCGCUGCUCCCUUGAACAAUGAUGCUUUGCCUCAAAAGAUGAUCAAGACCGGUGAGGCAGUGUCAGCCCGUGAAGACAAAAUGGUAAUCGAGUGUCCUCAAGUUGUCAGAGACCUCACAAAAGAUUAUCUGCUUGCUCAGCUGCGAUGGAGAUCAUCAGGGAAAAAAAGACGCGGUCGAAGCCCUGUCCACAAGGCUGGUGUUGAGGCAGGGUUGCCUACAUUCAAGGGAUUCUUUGUAAACUCAUCCUUGAAAUUAGAUGCAGACAACUGCAAAUCCUCUAGGGAUUCUCGCUUCAGUUCAUCGGUUGUGCCACCAUUGACGAACUUGGUAAUGUCCAGGUGAUGUUCCUCACAUUUCUGGUGUGCAUUUCUAGCUGGUGAUCAAGUUGACUUAGGGAGUAGAUUUGUUUUAACUUUUUGUAGCAAGGUGUUUGUAAGUUGAGAAGAGCGCCGCGCAACGAGCUCGCCCCUGUAUAAAUUAGGUGGCCUGAGUGUAGCAUGUUCCCUCAGAUCCCAGGCAGUUUUGAUUUAGCAAGAAAGCUAUAGGUGAUCCCCCACUCAGUUAGGAUGUGUCUUGAUUUCUACAUGAAAUCCUUUUGUACACUGUAAUUAUUCUUUUCAAAUCAAAGUUCCGCUCUUGAGCUUCUAAUGAAA